GACAUGUGUCAAGUGCUUACAAUCAUGGUAUACAAUUGUACAUAUUUUAAAAUAGCCAGACAUAUUACCUUGUCUUUUCGCUUUAUUUUUAUACAUACACAAAAUAAAAAAAAAUGGAAGCCCUGACUGCGUACCAAGUGUUGCAACAACCUAUUGUCCCGGUAUCGAUGUUGUUCAGUUUAACAUUGCUUGGUUGCGGAUUUUCGUACAUACAUGAAAACCAUCGAUUCAGCGAAAAGCAACUAAGCUGGUUCCUAACUUUUGUUAGUAGCUUAAUAUGUACUCUGGUAUCUAUUCCGUUUGUGGUUCAAUUCUUUUACCAUGGCUUGGAUAUGACCUUGCUGUCCACAGAUAGCGUAUUUCAUACGGGUUUUAUAUGUUUUUUUAUCAAUUACUUGAUACUUGAUUUAGUAUUAGGCAGCAUAUAUUACCGCCAACGUAUAAAAUUAGUGACUGGAUGGAUUCAUCAUCUUUUUUAUAUUGUGACAUUGUUUUGGCUUUUACGAUUAAAAAUCGCAUCAUUAUUUACAGUAGCAUCCAUUUUAGAGUUACCUACAUUGAUAUUGGCAGUGGGAUCAAUGAAACAUGAGUGGCGAUCAGAUUAUUUGUUUGGAUUAACGUUCUUUGUGCUUCGACUCGUGGCACAUGCUUGGAUGAUGGUUGCAUUAAAAAGGUAUCACCGAAUAGUGUAUAUAUGGAUUAUAGCGUUGAUAAUUUAUCCACUUCACAUGUACUGGUUCUAUGGUAAGUAGUUCACCAUUAUAACCAUCCCAAACUAAUAUGACAAUAGGCAUCAUUCGUACCCAGUGCAGAAAGUCGACGACGCAACGUGCAUAAUUAAUUUAUUCCAUAUAAAACCCUCCAUCCUAUUUCAAUCUACUGGAAUAAAGGUUGAUUUUGAAUGUAUGCAAAUAUAUAUAUAAAAAAAAAUAAAAGAAAUGAAAAAAAGGAAAAGAAUGGACCCUUUUCGACUUUUCUUUCGUUGGUAUUUCUCGCUAUUUUUUUUUAUUUAUUUGUACACAAAAAAAAGAGACACGACUUAAGCCUUGUAGGAGAUGACACCAUCGAAACGGGCCUUGAACCAUUCUUGGGAUUCCUCCUUCUUGAUUUGAUGGUUGACACCAACCUUGGUCUUAC